GCGCCCGGCCACAACUUCGGGCAGCGGCUGCCUGGAGCCCGGCGGGCGCGCAGCGGGAGCGGCGCCGGCACGGAGGGUGUUCCCUUCACAAUGGCCACAGCGUUACCCAGAACUCUUGGAGAACUCCAGCUCUAUCGAAUACUGCAGAAAGCCAAUCUCUUGUUCUACUUUGAUGCCUUUAUUCAGCAGGGAGGAGAUGAUGUUCAGCAGUUAUGCGAGGCGGGAGAGGAGGAGUUUCUCGAAAUCAUGGCCCUUGUCGGCAUGGCUAGCAAACCUCUUCACGUCCGAAGACUUCAGAAGGCUUUGAGAGACUGGGUCACGAAUCCAGGCCUUUUUAACCAGCCUCUUACUUCCUUACCGGUCAGUAGCAUUCCAAUAUAUAAGGUACCGGAAGGAUCUCCCGCUUGGUUGGGAAUAUCAUGCAAUAGUUACGAAAGGAACAGUAAUACACGUGAGCCUCACUUGAAGAUUCCAAAGUGUGCCGGUACAACAUGCGUUCAGAGUGUGGGGGCAGGAAAAUCUGACGGCUUGGGGACUCUGCCACUGCAGAGCAGCAGCGAACAGAGAUUGUGGCAAGGCCACCACGCGACCGAGAGUGAACAUAGCCUUUCCCCUGCUGACAUUGGCUCUCCAGCCUCACCAAAGGAAAACUCUGAAACCUUGGACACAGCAGCAGCUCUGUCGGUUACUGACUGUGUUGAGCGUCUGGUCCCCACACUCCCCAAAAGUGACUUGAAUGAAGUGAAAGAACUCCUGAAAAUAAAUAAGAAACUGGCCAAGAUGGUUGGUCACAUUUUUGAUAUGAGCGACGAGGACCCUCACAAAGAGGAGGAAAUCAGGAAGUACAGUGCCAUCUAUGGCAGGUUUGACUCGAAAAGAAAAGACGGCAAACAUCUCACCCUUCAUGAGCUCACCGUAAACGAAGCAGCUGCCCAGUUGUGUAUGAAAGAUAACGCCUUGCUGACACGGAGGGAUGAGCUUUUUGCACUGGCACGGCAGAUCUCUCGAGAAGUUACGUACAAGUAUACCUACCGGACCACCAAGUCGAAAUGUGGAGAAAGGGAUGAGCUGUCCCCAAAGAGAAUUAAGCUAGAGGAUGGCUUCUCCGAUUUCCAGGACGCAGUCCAGAGCUUUUAUCAGCAGGAUUCAGUCAAAAUUCAGCAGGCGUUGUCAAAGGGGAAAUGCGAAGACCUGGCAGUGCUUGGUUCACAGCCCGAAAAGGUGAUGGCCAAGCAGAUGGAAUUCCUCUGCACCCAAGCGAGUUUGGAGAGACGCCUUUCAACGGGACUUUACAGGCAAAGUUCCGAAGAGCACAGUCCCAAUGGCUUGAUAUCUGACCAUGCAGACGGGCAAGGCGAAAGGCCUUUAAAUCUCCGCAUGUCAGGCCUGCCCAACAGGCUGAUGCCGCACAUUGCGUUAGACGGGGAGCCUCACGUGGCGAAGCCCCUCUGCAGUGACUUGAGUCGGCUGUACUCCAGCGGGGAGGCAAAGUCACAGUCUUCAGAAGGCCUUGGUAUCUUGAAAGAUUUCCCUCACUCAGCGUUCAGCAACCUCGAAAGGAAAGUCAUAAAGACAGAGCCAGAAGACACAAGAUAGCCAUAUUUUGGGAGGAAAAAAAGUGUGUUUUAUUUAAGAAUAAAGCUUCGAUGGAGAAACAAGACAAGCCUUAAUAAACCAGUGUUGCCUCAUUGAAAUAAGAGAUUUCAUAGCCAAAGCCGAAGAGCUGGGAUGCCCCAACAGCACCAGGGAACUGACAAGACCACCGGUCUGCGGUGGGGAGAGGGUGCAAACAUUCCGGAAAAGUGGCUUCGUAAUGUUGGGAAGGGUCACAAAUUAAUAUUGUGGGCCUUUGUUAUUUAAGAAUGUAUUAUGUAUUUGUAUAACUUAUCAACGUUAAAAAAAAAAGAUAUCUAGGUGUCAGGAUGUGUUCUAAGUCCAGUAGAUGUGGCUGCCAUUAUUUUUACUUGAAAUUUCAAUGUCUACUUUAAACGUAUGAAACAUAGAUAUGAUAGUUAGGAGUCUGAAUUUUUUUUUAAAAAAUCCUUAGUUAAAGGAGUGAGGAAAGGAAGCGGUGGGGGGGACACACACAAAAUCCGAUAUAAUACACUUCAGCAGAGAGUUUGCGAUGUUUAUUUUUUACAAGCGAAAAAAGCAAUUACAUAAAACGUUACAGGGAAUAGAUCAUUUGCAAAAAGCAGGCUGUAUUAUAACAGGCACUUUUGAUGCUUAGUAAUGUAAGCACCUCUGUAAUAUAUUUAUUUACACUGUAUUUCCGUCAUCUAUUUAGGGACUUUUUAGCAGGGGCCCCCCACGGGGGGGGGGAAGGUUUUACACUGUACACUUCAGACAUGAGAAAAAGACAGACACACACACAUCGGCCUCAUAGAUAUCAUGACUUUGGCUGGCAGAGCUGAUACUGAAAUGCUGGCAACAUUUUGGAGCACUUCCUAGCUGCAUUACUACUAUGUUUAAAAGACAAAACAGAAGAGGUAGAAGCAGGGCUUUUUUUCCAGGAAAAGAGGUGGUGGAACUCAGUGGUGGAACUCAGAGCCAAAACAGACGUGACGAGAAACCUAGGUUCAACUCAGGUUCUUUUACCUCAAGGUUUGUCGGGAAGUGUAGGCGUCCUUGCAGCUUAAAGUUUAUGCAGCUCCGAGCCACGCGGCUUCAGGUGGCGGCCAGGUGAGCGAGGGGGAAGAUGCAGUGAUGCCUUUGCCCAGCCCCUGCAGAGCAACGCCAGGCUGCACGGGGAGAGCAGGAGGAAAGGCGCCCAGAGCAUUGCUGCAUCUCCCCUCCCCUUACCUGGCCCCCACCUGAAGCCGCGUGGCUCGGAGCUGCAUAGCUCGCUGUUGCUCUCCGGGGGCUGGGCAAGGGGUGGGUGGAGCGACGGUCCGUGCGAUCGGGGUAAAGGCAGAGCACGCCGGGCUAUGCAGCUCUGGGCCAUGUGGCUUUGGGCAGGGGCCAGGCGAGCGAGGGGGGAGAUGCUCUGGGCGCCUUUCCUCCCUGCUCUCCCGGGGCAGCCAGGCGUCGCUCUGCAGGGGCCAGGCCGGGUGAGGGGGGGGGAGAUGAAGCGAUACUCCAUGUAAGCGGGGAAGGGAAAAUGCCGCGAUGCACCUCGAGAGCGGAAGGAAAGGCGCCCCACGCCUGCACUUCCCUCCCUGCUGCUCUGUAAAUGCUAAACUUUAAGCUGCAAGGACGCCUACACUUCCCGACAAACCUUGAGGUAAAGAGACAUGAGUUGAACCUAGGUUUCUCGUCACGUCUGUUUCGGCUCUCAGAACCACACAAUGACGUCACUUUGGGUGGAACAAGGGGGGGAGUUUUUAAAAGUUUAAAUCGCCUCCAGCAAAAAUAGUCACAUGGCCAGUGGCCCCGCCCCCUGAUCUCCAGACAGAGAGGAGUUUAGAUUGCCCUCCGUGCAGCAGUGCGGAGGGCAAUCUAAACUCCCCUCUGUCUGGAGAUCGGGGUGGGGCCACCGGCCAUGUGACCAUUUUCAAGAGGUGCUGGAACUCCGUUCCACCGCUUUCCAGCUGAAAAAAAGCCCUGGGUAGAAGGACAGUAUGGAGUUCACAUGUCAUUUGUUAAGAAUUGUACCGUCUCUCUGGCAUGAGAACAGUUUUGAAACAACAGAAUGAGAAGAUGAAUACGUUACUUGUAGAUGAGUAACUAGCAAUGUUCAGUCCCUUUAACCGUAUACUUGCAUACAACAUAUUGAAAAUGUUUUCCUUUUGUACGAACAUUAUUUAUUUUAUAGGGAGACUUUGGGUUGUGGGUAUUUUUUUUUUUUAAUGAUUCAUUCUUCCGGAUGCCAUUUUGUCUACAGUUCAGUGGCUGGCUUGUAGCAGACAUUUUAGGAUUUUUACCUCUUCAGUAUUUCAUUGCAUUGUCUGCAUGUUCUUACAUCAACAUCACUUAAAGUGUGUGGUUGCAUUACUGCCAUUCAAAGAGGUGUCUAUGCCUUAAGUUUAUAAAAUCUGAAUUUGCCUACAGUACUUUCAGAGAGGGUAAUAGUAAUUCCCCCCGGUUCUUGUUAAAUCUGCCAACGCAGGGCAUGUUUCUUCAUAUCUGAAAGUUUUGCUUCAUAUACUAGUGAUUACUGAAGUCAUUCCAUGUGCCAUAUUGAAACAUGUUGGCAUAGUGUGAGGUGAAAUGUUCACACAGUCAGUCUGGGAUCACCGUAAAAUGUAUUUAAUAACUGUAUCAUUUGAUUUUUAGAAGAAAGCUUUAUAGUACAAACAUCAGUACAUUUUUUUAAUACUAUGAAUGUUUUGGUCUUCAAAAAAUCUUGAUUCUUGAAUUACAUUGUACCAUUUCACUGGUGAAGAAAAGUGUUUUAAGGAGCAAAAUCUGCAAUGUGCUGGGUCAGAAAAAGGUGAACGUGGAGCUUGAAGCAGCUCAUUUUGUUGUUUUGUGAGCUAAAUAACAUGGGCGUAUUUCCUUGUCUCCUCGGGCUGUUUGGUAUCUGAGUUGUUUCAUUAAACAUGACAAUAAUUACAAAGUUUGUGCAUCUCACUAGCCAUAGGACAUAACAUCUUGUUUUAUAUAAAGGCCAAUGUAAUGUAGUUGUAAAUUAAAUCUAUUUUUUUAUUUUCUGUUGUAAAUGACCUUACUCAGCUCUGUGGUAAGUACUAUGGUACUUGAUUUUUUUUUUAAAACUAGUCCAGUGAACCAUUUCAAUCCCAAUAAGCAGGCUUCUUUUUUAGAACUCUUUUUAGUUUGAAUAUAAUUUUUUAAAAAACUGUCAUAGCAAGCGGAAGCUGCUAAGGGCCCUCUGUACCUACUGGAAAUACACUGUUGGAGAAUUAAGAGAUGAUCUCAGUGUACAGAAGGGCUUGAAGUACAGACUUCCACCCAACUGGCCUGCCUUAGAAAGCACAAAGGGGCACUAUUUGGAAGUUCCCUCCAAUCUUUUCACAAGUGAAAAGCCUUUCUGUCAGGAAUAAGCCUUCUAACCUAGCUUUAUCGGGUGGACUUCUCUCUGCUGUAUUUAUCUUUACACACAAAGAACAAUUUUGUUGUGGAGAUGCAUACAAACGCCUCUCUCUCUUGUCUUGCACAGCUGAGUGGAGGAAAUCGGGCCUUUUCCGAUGUUACGUUUUGGAGGAAUCCAUCCUUGUGUAUAGUCACCAUUUGUCAAAAUAGGGGAACAUGCCUCUUUUCAAGGUCUGAUAUGCACGAACUGAAUGCUGCAUUUUUCAGGGUAUGAGUUUGCCGUUCCGGAGCUAGAAAAUAUGCACUUUUCCCUAUUCAGACAAAAUUGUGACGACGUGUUAGAACUCGUCAUGGAUAGCAGGCACUUCUGGUAUGUGUGGUUGGAUUCCCCCCUAUAAACUGUGACAGAAAAUGUCAUAGCCAGGGCUUUUUUUCUGGGAAAAGAGGUGGUGGAACUCAGUGGGUUGCCCUCAGAGAAAAUGGUCACAU